CGCCACAGGAAGCAGUUCUGCAAAUGGACUCGGGUCGCUGUGCUGAAGACGGAGCCGUGUUGACAAAUACACAAUCUAGCUGUGCUGUCUGUGUGCGGUGGGCUUGGCCUCAUUAACAGCUAGGAAGUGCCGUGCCCAGGCCAAAGCCUCCUGUUUGAGCCGGGUUUGAAUAUGGCUCUGUCAUUCCUUUUGGUCUUGGCUGCAACUGUGAUUCUUAUCAGACCCGAGACGCCAGUAACUAAGGCUCUUCAUCAAAAUUCACUUGAGUGCUGUGGAGACAAACAGAAAGUGAACAGCUCAUGUUCAAAUGACACUCAUUGUGAACCAGGAUGCUUCUUGCGUGUCCUUGAGAACAGCAAUACAAUUUGCAUAUACUGUGACUCAGCAACUGUGGACGUGGAGAAUUUAACAGCCUGCAGUUACAACUACACUGUGGAGAGGAAAAAUCAGACAACAGUAACUACUGUCAUUCCAAAAAUUGGAGGUCCAGGUGUGGCAGCCUCUCUUCUUCUUGGAACUUUAUUGAUAAGCCUCUUCCUGAUUCUCUCUGUUGCCUCCUUUUUCUACCUCAAACGCUCCAACCGACUCCCAAGCAUUUUCUAUCGCCGCAACAAGGCCUUCAUUUUCCAACCAAGUGAGACGGCUGUCAUGAUACCCUCCUCCUCAGUGAGGAAGCCAAGAUACGUCAGGAGGGAGCGGCCCUCUGCAGAGUCAACACUGGGUUCUGCCACAAUACCGACCACAGCCACGACGAAAGUCUUCAACGUGUAGUGGUGUUCAGCUGGCAGGUGCUGGUAGGCAGGAAAGCCUCAGGAAAGAUGUCAGUUUUUCUGAUCAUGUGAAGGUCUUCAGCAGUACAAUAAAAGGCCCGUUUACUCAUACAUUAUAUAGGUGGCAGCAUUUAACCUGUCUGUGCAUCUGCUGCAUUCCUCAAAUUAGGGCUGUCACUUUUUCUCUCUUUAAAUGAACACUGGGGACCCUGGAUAUGAUGAUAUAAAGAGCCAAUAUUUAGUCAUUUCUCUGUGUGCCUAAUUAACACAGCCUCAGAACCGCCUGUAUAAUCAGAUUCUAGUGUUUUUUUAACAGAUUUCAAACACAUUUGGUUCGUAUUUUUACCCGUGCGUGUACUGUAGCUUCGUUGUGGUGAAUGAGAGUGCAUUGCUCAGGGGAUAGUUUUGGUUUUGUUUGUUCCGUUCAGAUGGCUGUCAGGAGUCAGUCUUUUCUUUGCUGGUUUACAGUGUAUAAUCAGCUGCCUUGCAAAUGUUUUAAAUGUGUCACCAAAGUGUUGAUUUGCAGGCUGUGUGACCUGUAAGCCAAGGUGAAUCAUGGCCAGGGCUGGGCGAUAAAUUGCUUAAUUUGAAUUAAGGUUUUUUAAAAAAAAAAAAAAAAAAAAAACGCUGAAUCUUAUAAUUGAGAUUUUGACUACUUGCCCCAAAUCAGUCAUCUACACAAAAC